AUGGGCCGUGGGAGAGAGGGUGCGAGAGAGCGGGCGGUGAAAGCGGCGGCGGAGAUCAGAGCCCGAGGGUUGAGGGGAACAGCAGAGGUAAUUGAGUGUGUCAGGCGCCAUAGCCUAGCCGUUGAUAACCGGACGCUUAACCUGCUGCUUGGCGUGAUCGUGGGAGGCAGAGCAGUAUCGCAUAGCGGGGAGCUUAUAACGGAUAACAGAAAUGGCGGGAGAGCCGCAGAUAGGAGGCUUCCUGCUGUGUCUGGAGCAGAUGAGACAGGGUUUAAGCGAGGUUUAGAGGUGAGGGAUUGGGAGGGCGCAAAGGCGGUGGCGGUGGCGUUUGAAGCAGAAGGAGUGGAGUUGAAUGAGCGGAUUUACACCACGCUGAUCUCAUGCUUUGGCAAGGGCGCGCGCAUGGGGGACUGCUGGCGGUGGCUCCGCGCCAUGGAGAGGCAGUGGGGGGUGGCUCCAGUGCAAGUGGGGGCGAACGUGCAAGAUGGGGCACAAGUACAGGGCGCUGGCGGCGGAGACCGGGGGGAGGGGGAGCCUCAGGGGAAGUUGGAAGUGGGGAGCUGGGAGCAGAGAGGUUGGGGAGGGGAGGGGGAACGCGAGGGCGAGAAGGGGGGAGGAGAGGGGGGUGCGUACGGGAAGCACGUGUUGCUUCCAGAGGACAUAUAUGAUGUGAUGCUGGGGGCGUGCGUGCAGGUGAGAGCGUGGGAAGUGAACGGGGGCCCUGGGGAAGCGGGAAAGUGGGGAGGGGUGGUAGUUGCGUACGGGAAGCACGUGUUGCUUCCAGAGGACAUAUAUGACGUGAUGCUGGGGGCGUGUGUGCAGUGCGAGGACUGGAAGGGAGCGGUUGCCAUCUACCACCACCUCUCAGCAUACGGGGCUGCAGCAGCAGCAGCAGCAUCAGCAGCAGCAGCAGCAGCAGCAUCAGCAGCAGCAGCAGCUGUAGCAGAAGCAGCCGCAUUGUCUCACGCGCACCAUCGUCAUCAUCAGCAGCAUGGGCAGCAGCGCAUGCCAACGAGCAGUCAGUUCGCGUUGGUGCUGAGAGCAUGCGCGCGAGCAGGCAGGUGGCAACUCGCCAGAGAUCUGCUGCUUGCUGCUGACGAUGUUUUUGUUGCUUCCCUUGUUGCUGCUGCUGCUGUUGGUGAUGGUGGUGAUGGAGCUGCUGCUGCUGGUGGUUCUGGUUCCUCUCGUUCUGGUCCUGGUUAUUCCGCUAGUGCUGCUGCUGAUGGUGCUAGUGCUGCUGCCAAUGCCGUUCCUGGUUCUAGUCUUGGUCCUGCCACUGGUGGCGGCACUGAUGUCAGUGCUGGUGGUGGUGGUUAUGGUGGUGGUGUUCGUGCUGCUGCCUCUCCUCCUCCCCCUCUUUCCGCACACCACCCUCCCCUUGCCACCUCAUCUGCCAUGUUCACUGACGUCAUCACAGCCUGUGCCAGGUCAGCACAACCGGCUCCAGCUCUCCGUCUGCUCGACCGUCUCGAUUCCCACCCUUCCCCUGAUCUCUAUGCUGACGUGGCAGCCUACACUGCUGCCAUCUCAGCAUGUGCGAGCGUUGGCCAAUGGGAGAACGCCAUCCGUUUGCUGACUAGGAUGCAGCAGCAGCCAAUUGGAAAAGAGAUGGGCAGGACUGGGAAAGCCUCUUCCGUGCCUCGAGGUGUUGAGGUUCAGCCGAAGCUGGAGGUUCGGGGAAAGCUGGAGGUUCGGGGAAAGCCGGCAGUUCGGCCGAACGUGGUGACGUGGACGGCGGUGAUGUCAGCAUGUGCGAUGGCAGGGCGUGCUGACGUGGCAAGGGAAGUUUUGAGAAGGAUGAUGCGAGAAGGGAAGGGUGACGAGGGUCAGGGGAAAGGGGAGGGUGAGAGAAAAGGGGAGGGUGAGGGGGAGGAGGAGAAGGUAGUGAGCGGGCGAAGUAAAGAGAGGAGGGAGGAGGAGAGAAUGGGCAUGGCAGGUGCCACCUCAGCGUCUUGCUUGGAAGCCAUGUCAGACGCCACGUCAGAUUGUCGUCCCAAUGUGGUGACGUGGACAGUCGUCCUGACUGCAUGCGCGCGGGCGGGGGAGUGGCAGCAGGCGGAGGCACUGUUCACCCAGAUGCAGACAAACGGGGUGAUGCCGAACGAGGUCUCCUGGGCGGCAUUGAUCAGCGCUUAUGCAAAGGGCGGGCAGUGGGAGAAAGCUAUAGGAGCCCUGAGGGCUACUAGAGGGGGACGAGGAGGGCAUAAAGAGAAGGGGGGAAAGGAAGAGGAACAAGAAGCAGUACGAGCAGCAGCACCAGGAGCAGCAACAGCAUGGGAACCAUCUAGUCUACUGCUAUCCUCUCCCCUCCCAUCUGCCUGGAACGCUGCACUGCACGCGUGUGCCAAGGCCGGCAAGUGGAAGCUUCUGGGAAGUCUCGUGCAGGAGAUGCAGGAGGCGGGGUGCCACCCCUCUGUGGUGACCUAUGGGGUGCUGGUGGGGGGGUAUGGACGGGCGGGGCAAGCACGACUGGCGAGAGAAGCGUUUGAAUCGAUGCUGGCUGCAGGAAUAAGGGAUAAGGUGAGACCUAUGGGGGUAGAAGUGGGCGACCCCCUCUCUGUGGUGACAUAUGGGGUGCUGGUGGGGGGUUAUGGACGGGCGGGGCAAGCACGACUGGCGAGAAAAGCUUUCGAUGAGAUGUUGAUAGCAGGGAUAAGGAAUAAGGUGAGAAGCAUGGGAAUAGAAGUGGGCGCUCCCCCCCUCUCUGUGUGCCCUUCUUCUGUGGUGACCUAUGGGGUGCUGGUGGGGGGGUAUGGGCGCACGGGGCAAGCAAGAUUGGGGAGAGAGGUGUUUGAUGAAAUGCUGUUGGCAGGGAUAAGGUGA